AUGAACCCUUGCCAUGAGGAUUGGGCCCCCGGCGACGACAACGACAACAACAUUUGCACAGGCUACGAUCUCUCCAACUCUAUCUUCUCCCCCGACGGCCGCAACUUCCAGGUCGAGUACGCCGUCAAGGCGGUCGAGAACGGCGGCACCUCGCUCGGCAUCCGGGCCAACGGCGGCGUCGUCCUCGCCGUCGAAAAGGUCGUCACGUCGAAGCUCUGGAAGCCCAACGCCAACACGCGGAUCGCCACCGUCGACCGUCACCUUGGCGUCGUCUACUCGGGCAUGGUCCCCGACGGCCGCCACUUUGCCGACCGCGCCCGCGACGAGGCCCGCUCCUGGCGCGACACGUUCAAGACGCCCAUCCCCGUCGCUGACCUCGCCAGCCGCAUGGGCGGCUACCUGCAGGCCUACACCCUCUACUCCUCCGUGCGGCCCUUUGGCAUCACCGCCAUUGUCGCCGGCUUCGACCCCUCGACCCCGCUGCCCGUCGACGGCGAGGUCGGUUCCGGCCCCGCCGCCGGUCCCGGCGGUGUCAAGCCCAACCAGAAGCACGGCGGCCCCGGUCUCUACAUGAUUGAGCCCUCGGGCCUCUACUGGGGCUACUACGGCGCUGCCACCGGCAAGGGCCGCCAGGCCGCCAAGGCCGAGCUCGAGAAGCUCGACCUCGGCGGCGAGGGCAUCUCCCUUGAGCAGGCCGUCAAGGAAGCCGCCCGCAUCAUCUACGUUGCCCACGACGACAACAAGGACAAGGAGUUUGAGCUCGAGAUGAGCUGGAUCAGCGACGUCGACGGCCCCACCAAGGGACGCCACGAGGCCGUCCCCAAGGCCCUGCUCGAGGAGGCCGAGCGGUUAGCGAAGAAGGCCCUCGAGGGCGACGAUGACGACGAGGACGACAAGAAGGACGACGACAAGAUGGAAGAGUAG